AUGCAGGAGGUUCUGAGAAAUGAGAGCCCCUACAGCCUGCCUGGCCUCGACCCCCUAAGGAUGGACCCUUUUGUUCCCGCUGCUGCUGCCCCGGUCCCAGCCCUGGCCCUAGCUCCAAACCCUGUGCAGUGCCCCCGGGCACUCCUUGACCUAUUAAGUCCAUCGCCCCUUGUCUCCUCUGGACAACGAGUAGGUGGCAGAGAAAGAGGAGCUUGUCUCUGGAGGCCCUGGCUGUCCUCUACAAGUGACCUGCCGGGGCAGGUGAGGAGACCGGUAGAUUCGGCUACUGGUGGGCCAACAGGGGCUGAAGUCACGAAGGCUGACCCUGAGUUCCAUCACCCCGUCAGGCUCUUCUGGCCUAAAGCACGCUCCUUUGACUACCUGUACAGUGAUGGGGAGAUUUUACUGCAGAACUUCCCCGUCCAGGCAACCAUCAACCUAUAUGAGGACUCAGACAGCGAAGAGGAGGAAGAGGAAGAAGAAAAGGACAAAGAAGAGGAAAAAGAGGAGACAGACGAAAGGGGGCUGGAAGAGUGUGUGAGGGUACCAGGGUCAGCCCCACACACGGCCACAGCUCCUCUUCCUUCCCCGCUCCUGACGUGCCCAAACUGAACCGGUCAGAGUCUGCCUGGGGUUCAGUAUGACUGGCAAGGCUCUAGAGCAUCAAUGAGCCAGGAAUCUCCAGACAUAGCUCUCUAGACUGUAAGUUGGGUCCUUGAGUCCCCAGCUCACCGCGGUGAUAUUCAGCUGGCCUGUGGACCCAGGCCUCUGGAAUCUCAUUGUCUGUGUUGUUGUGAGACAGUGAGAGGGUCCAAGGAGCUCUAGGGGAAGACCAGCUUUCUGAAGCUCCCCCGGAAGCAGAUCAAGACAGUGGCUACCCAUGCAGAGAGGACCAGUUACUCUUCGGGGUUCUUUGACUCCCCAGCCUUCCAGCUGGCUCCAGAGUCCUGUCUCCCCACAGAAGACCUGACUUCUGGCUUCGCCUCCAGUGACACCAGCAUCAGAUCCAGGCAAAGUGGGGGCACCUCUCUGAGGAGCCUUGCAGGAGAGGAAGGGGGCAUGUAGGAAAUCAGCUUGCUUUGGGGACCUCCCUCCAUUUUGCCUGCUAUCCACUGGGGUCUGUGUGUUGGUAUGAAAUGAAUCAGGAGAAAAAUAAACUAGAUGAUGGGUGCCCUU